GGACGCGGCCCGCCGCGGCCUGCAGCUCCCCGCGCCGCGCAGCCUCGCCCCGGGCCCGCCCACUCGGCCUCUUGCACCGCCUUGGUUAUGUCGCCGCCCCGCGGGCCCUCCGAGGAUUCCAUUCUGCCACGCGCCGGCCUCGCUCCUCAGGUAGCCUGCCCGCCCCGGGACCUAACGUCCCCCCGCCUUCACGGGGCCGGCUUCCGCCCGGCUCCAGCAGGCGAACAGCGCGCCUCCCGCCGACCCCGCCCCGCGGCCCGCGAGCCACGCCCCGCCGCCCGUCUCUACCUCUGUGUCAGUGCUCUGCGUCGUCGCCCCUGAGGACGUCAGCGCCGUGCGACGCCCAGCGCCGUGGUCCCGUGGCGCGGCCCCUGCGCGGGCUGGGUUUGCAACUUGCUCACAGGUCACACAGGGACAGAUCAGGCCCGAAAAGAGAAUGGCAGCUGUGGGCAGCCUACGUAGCUUGCUACCGCAGAGCAUUGCGAAGGCAGUUGCAUCCAGACCCCGAUGCCUGCACACUUCCAAAAGCUGGGCAGACAGCAGCAGGGCUGCACUCACUCGCCUGCACCGCCAGGCCUAUACACGCCUCUACCCAGUGCUUCUUGUCAAGCAGGACGGCUCCACCAUUCACAUCCGCUACCGGGAGCCAAGGCGCAUGUUGGCAAUGCCCCUGGACCUGGACACCCUGUCCCCUGAGGAGCGCCGGGCCAGGCUCCGGAAACGAGAGGCCCAGCUCCAUCACAAGAAAGAGGAGGAGCCAGAGCUCACUGAUGACUUUGAUGCCGAGCGAUACAGACAGUUUUGGGCCAGGACCAAGAAGUAACUGUGGCUUGAAGUUGCUUUAGGGACGUUGUGUAGACAGAAGGAGAUCUCCUGUAAAUGAUAUAUUCCUGCCGUCACCAGCUCAUGUCAGUGUCUUCCUUUGCAUAUGUGCUCCAGGGUA